UAAUCUUUUCAAGUACUUAUAUUUUUUUUUGGCUUCAGUCAGUUAAAAUCUUCGCUUUCCUAGAAAGUGUGUUUAAAUUUUUCCAAAUUAUUUUAUUCUUUUUCAAAUUAUUUUCUAAGUCAUUAGUAACUCCAACCAUCUUGUACGCGAUGUAUCGUAUAGAUUCUAACAUUUGCAACCUAACUUUUGGUUAUCUGUGUUCAAGCAAAGGUAAAACCUACUCCAUUUGCUCAUGCCCAAUGCCGUUGGGCGGUAUUAAUAUCAAGCAUAUGCUGAAUAACAAUCUCUAUGGCUGCCAGGCGUGGAUUCCCUUCAUUUUCUUCUAUGUCCUAGUGAUCAGUGUCGUUGGGGUGAUAUCUUAAACUGAUAGAUACACAACUUCAUUGAGGUUUUUAACCUAUAUUCGGAUAAGUUUGAAAAAUAUCUGAUACGGAUGUGGCAGCCAAGGAUAACAUUGAUAUUCAAGGAUAAGCAAUUGAGACGUUACCGAUUAAUCGGUUCUGUUUUGAUGUUCAAGGCGUGGUCGAACCUACUAUACGCCUUGCUAUUUAAUGAUCCCGAGUACAUUGAACUCUGGCUAGUAUUCUCCUCGAUUGCCAUGUUUAUAAAUAUGAUCGUCAUCGUUGUGGAUUUUAUAGCAAAUUUCAAGACAUACAGCCUCCGCUCCUUCGUGCCACUUCAAAUUCCAAACCUUAACAUGUUAUGUGUAAUCUUCCUGAAGUCAGCCAUGGAAUGGAAGAUCACGAAUCAUGGAUCAGGUAUCUUUACUUAGCGGAAGCAAGAUUGGCCAAGUCUUCUUUUCCAAAUUUUUGUUUAUAUUUUUUGGAGACAGAUAGAUGAUUUCUUUCAUCGAAUAUAUAGAUUUUGGUA